AUGUCUGGGGCGGUGGACUCACCUGUUGUGCAGGCCGAAGUCAUCACUUUGCUGAGAGAGAUCAAGGAGUUACUCCAAAACAGAAAUGAUCGCAUAGAAGAACUCCUGAACUCGGCGACCCAGAGCCACAGUGCCGAGCCAGCAGAGAGCGUGCAGACAGAACCUCCGCCAGAGUCUACAGAAUUCAGAGUCAGAGUAGCCAGUGACAGUGCAGCCGAACCCGAGGAGUUACAUUUGGAACAACCUUCGCGACGUGAUGGAAUGGACAGGAUUAGGAAUUAUCAGUCGUUCCUUGAGAAUCCGUGGUUUCGUUACAUCCGUCUUACUUCACCCAGUUGGAUCACUUUAGAACCAAGGCAACCUAGUUUCAUCGCUGGAUCAAAUUGGAGUUACUGGAGAGCUAUUGGACAGCGUUUAGAGGGUUCUAGUCUACAUGAUCCACCAGUGGGGUGGCUUUCUUGGGGAAGAGGUCGUCCAAACUAUAUGCCAGAAUGGGAGAUGAUUCAGGUGGAUGGUGAAUGGUACCAUAUAGGUGGAGCGAGUCUAGGUGCCGACAUUGAAUUCUCACCGGAUGAAGAAUUUAAAAGCGAAACACGAUUAGUACCUUACUCCUUGGCGCCGUCGCUGCUAUCAAGACCCACUGGGGGCAACUCUUCUCCUUCACCAUCCGGAUUGAUACAUUACCGUGAGCUCUUUCGAAAAUGCCUCGGCAACCUCUAUUCCGUGCCCCCUGAUUAUAGGAUUUGCUUCGCCUUCGAGAAAGAUGUGUUACAUGCAGCUGUGCGGGAUGGGCUUCCUCUCAAUGACGCCUUGAACAAGCUUCGUCGGAUUUGGGAGAUGUUGUAUGAGUGUGGUGGGAGUUUUGAAAUCACGGACGUUGACGAUUUUAGACAGAUGACCUGGUAUGGCUGGAAAGAUAUCGAUGAGAACAGUCUCCAGGAAGAAGAAGGCGAUCCGCGAACACUUGCCGGACCGGCUCUUUCAGCGGAGGAAUUCAAAGUCAGCAUUCUACCUGUUCGAUGUGAGUUGAACAAGCGAGCAGGGGCGCCUGCCGUAGUUCGGCGCGUGGGUGCUACUCACUGGUACCGCAUCAUCAGUUUCCGAGGCCUUGCAGCCAUCUUAAAGUCGAAGGCUGUGAAGAGUGACAUCGACAUAGAUCAAUUCUGUAACCUUGUCUUCCGGGAAGUUGACGAUCCCUGUACUGACCCAUGGUUUCGCUCUGUCCCCAUCCAACGCCUCAAGGACCUUUUGGAUGUCCAUGUCCGUUGUAAGGGUCGUAGCGAGGACGAUAACCCGUUCGAAGGAAAUUGGGCUCCGUUUCAUAUCACGUGGUUCAAGAUCAGCCCAAAUGGGCAACAGCCUUUGUACGGCAAUUGGAAGUCUGGCGCACUAUAUGGUACUACCAAGCGAUCUGGAGCUGCAUGUUACUUGCAAGAGAUGGCGUUCACCAUGAGCAUUUUUCGGUCCCGACUAGGAGACUGGCGCGUCUCCUACAUGGAUGAGCCACCAGUGAGAGGCGCUGCGAAUGAUUCGCCAGAUCCGGGUCUCUGGUACUGGUCUAUCGUUCAUUUAGCCCCUGCACAUUUCUACCCGUUGCACCAGGAAAACGCCUGGCCAGAAUUCUGCUAUGACGGCCAUACGAUACCGGUAGCUCUUAUUAUACAGGCUCUUCGUGAGGCCGCCGACUCAUGGGAGCAGAUUGCCAAUCACCUCGGCUCCCUCAUAGACAACCAGGGCGCCAUCUUCGAUCCUCACGAACACGACCGUCUUUUAUUUGAUGACAAUACAUUCUCGCGCUCGCGUCUUUACUUCUGGGCCAUUGACUGUCUGGGGAUAUUUAUUCCUAGCAUUUCGGCAACAAUGCGAGAGUGGCGGAAUUUUUGGGAGGCUCGCAAACACCUUUUCAACGCCAGUGAAAACGUCAUCAAGGAGGUUCGCCGACGAACAGAAUAUGGGGAGCCGCCCUGGGCUUACGAAGGGUACAAUUUGGCAAACCUACUACCAGAUGUGGAGGCGCAAAUCGCCCGCUUAGAGGGUAUCAAAGCUCGUCUCGAAGAUAUGCGCGCCCAAAUCGAUACACUGAGAAAUGGUCUCUUCAAUGCGAGUGCUGUCAUCGAAUCAAGAGCUGCUACUGAGCUGGGUGAAAAUGUCAAGCUCCUGACAUACAUCAGUAUUGUAUACCUGCCACUCAGCUUCUGUGCUGCGCUCUGGGCCAUAGACUACAGCUACCACCCUGUAGUGUUUACAGUCGUUACUCUCCUGCUCGCAACCACGACUUACUUGGUUGUUAUGAACCUGAACAACCUCGCUCGACUUAGUAAGGAAGUUUAUCAAAGGUUCCGCCGUGGUAUCAUAACGUCAAUGCUAAAUGACGAUCAAUGGGCUCCCACAGGUGAAGCCUUCAGUCAAUUUCAACCAGAGCGCGUGAAUAUGACUCCCUCGGAGUGGAAUAUCCUCUUCUUUCUGGUAUUGCGAUUGUGGAAACAGCUUACAGGUUUUCGCUUCCUUUUACGAAAGAAAGCAAAGUCGGCCGAUGUGUGA